AUGCCUGGAACUUCAAGGAAAACUCGUGUCAAACGACAUUUGACACUUUCCACUAAAAGGAAAAGGUCUACAGCGAAGAAUCUUGAUAAGUGGCGGGAAAGAAAGAGAAAUAUUUGCCUAGUAUCUGCAAGCGAAUGUCAGUCUAACGCUACUGUCUUCCAUGAUUUGCCAAAAACAGAUGAAUCAGGCAUUACUUCAAAACAUAACACAGUCAUGUCAGAAAUGAACAACAAUGAUGAAAUAAUAGAAUCUACUGAUACAAGCUUCGUACGCCUCUCCGAAUGUCAGAUUAGCGACAGCUUCCAUCACAGUACUCCUAAAGACCAUGAUAUAAUUUCCAAAAAGGAUAACGUUACUGAGGCUGAACCUACAGGAAUACUAAACAAUGAUGAUCUGCCUGAUGCUGGAAGAGAGACUAUUACCAUAAGGCGGAAUGACAGUCUUGACAGUGACAGUGACGAUUCAGACUGGUUAGCCGGAAUUGAGCUUCUCGCUCCCAGAGAUGAAGAAGAUAACGAAGAUAUCGCCAAAGAAAUAUCCAUACAUGGAAGGAGGAUAGUUAACAUAGAUCAUUUUAUCAAAUCCCUGCAAUCUCUAGAAAACCACGAGCCUUUUGACUGCAAGUUUUCAGAUAUGUAUUUGAUAAAUGACAGACGCAUUGGUCUGAUAGAUGAAUUGACAUUCCAUUGCAAGAGCAUGGCUGAAGCUGCUAAAGAGGAAGCUAAAUUAGCGAUCGAGGAAGGCAGAGUUGAUAAAGAAACGGGAACCCUAGAAAUUACAGUAGUAGUCGAUGGUGCCUGGAGUAAAAGGUCAUACAAAACCAACUACAAUGCUCUCUCCGGAGUGGUGAAGUGUCCAGCGUCUGCUAAAAACCUAACACCAGCAGAGGCAGUGCGUCAGAAAGUGAUAAAAUUUUGUUAUCUCAAUGACGAAGGAGAGCUGAGAUUGAAAACACACCAUUGCUACCAUUACCAAGUGCAAGGGCAGCUUCAUAUAACCGGGAAGAAAUACUGUUUGUUUGUAGUUUGGACACCUCAUGGUUUGUCAGUGGAGAAGAUCAUGAGAGACGAUGAGUUCUGGAGGAAGAAUAUGGAAAAUCCACUAACUGACUUCUAUUUCAAAUGCAUUCUGCCAGAACUUAUUGAUCCCAGAUACCCAAGAGGGCUACCCAUCAGAGAUAGGAUAUAA